GUGGGAUACAAGGGAGCAGCAGUCUGUCAGACAUUACAGUGGCCAUCACUUCUCCAGUGAACAAGUGAAUUCUGAAUUUGCAUCCUAUCAGGUUGUGUGAUCGACCAUCUCUCAGGAUGACGCACCAAUUCCCAGCCCUCUCCAGUGGUCAGAAGCAGGAGCUCCAGGAGAUUGCCCUUCGUAUCGUCACUCCAGGGAAGGGCAUCCUGGCUGCUGAUGAGUCUGUUGGCAGCAUGGCAAAGCGCCUUAACCAGAUAGGGGUUGAGAACACUGAGGAGAACCGCCGGCAGUACCGCCAGAUCCUCUUCAGGGCUGACGACCGCAUCAACAGCUGCAUCGGAGGAGUCAUCUUCUUCCAUGAGACGCUGUACCAGCACGCUGAUGAUGGCACGCCCUUUGUCAAGAUGAUCAAGGACAGGGGCAUCACUGUGGGAAUCAAGGUUGACAAGGGUGUUGUCCCCUUGGCAGGAACCAAUGGAGAAUCUACCACUCAGGGACUGGAUGGGCUCUCAGAACGCUGUGUUCAGUAUAAGAAGGAUGGGGCAAACUUUGCUAAGUGGCGCUGUGUGUUCAAGAUCAGUGAGACCACCCCCUCUAAACUGUCCAUUGAAGAGAAUGCAAAUGUCCUGGCUCGAUAUUCAAGCAUUUGCCAGCAGCAUGGGAUUGUGCCUAUUGUGGAACCAGAGAUUUUGUCUGAUGGAGAUCAUGAUCUGAGGCGUUGUCAGUAUGUCACAGAGAAGGUGCUAGCUGCAUUGUACAAGGCCAUGUCUGACCAUCAUGUGUACCUGGAGGGCACUCUGCUCAAGCCCAAUAUGGCCACUCCUGGCCACAGCUGCCCCACCAAAUACAGUGCAGAGGAGGUCGCCAUGGCAACGGUUACAGCCUUGCGCCGCACCGUCCCUCCUGCUGUCACGGGAGUAACGUUCCUUUCCGGGGGUCAGAGUGAAGAGGAGGCCUCUGUCCACCUGAAUGCCAUCAACAACUGCUCCCUGGUGAAGCCCUGGGCCCUCACCUUCUCGUACGGCCGAGCCCUUCAGGUCUCCGCACUCAAAACCUGGCGUGGACAUAAAGAGAAUGAGAGUGCUGCCACUGAGCAGUUUAUCAAGAGAGCAGAGGUGAAUGGCUUGGCCUGUCAGGGGAAGUACACUGGUGGCGGGGACAGUGAAUCUGACCAGAUCUAUGUGGCCAAUCAUGCAUACUGAAGAGCCAGUGAUGCCUCACAUUACAGCUUUGGCUAACCAAUAGCAUCGUCUACUGUCACUGCUAUACCAAUGGCCAAUCGCAGGCAUGUGCUGUCUACAAUCUGGAUAUGUGUGUCUAAACAAAAUAGCUGUGUGAAGAUACUAUUUUGUAGAAAUUGUGUGUGUGUUCUUGCUUAGAGGCAGAAAGUUCCAAAGACGUGGUUUUGGGUGAACUAAUGGACAGCUGGACUUACAGUAAAUAGUGUUGUUGGAAAAAUGUUGUUUUUGUGACUUAGCUAAGUAUUGUUCUCUAUGCAACUGAUUAUAAAAUACUGUAGUGCAAAAGUAAUGACAAUAAAUUGUGUUGAGUUGAAA